AUGAAUACUGACUAUGUCACUUCACUCUUAUCUGCUCGAUCGAAAUUUGCUCUUUAUGUUUCCAUACCCGUCUGUGCAGUUGGCUUUAUCAGUGAAUUGUGCAGCAUCAUUGUUUUUCUUAGUUUAAAAACAUUUCGACAAAAUUCUUGUGCAUUUUAUUUAAUGUCAAUGGCAUUAUUUAAUCUGAUUCGAUUCAUUUUGAGUUCACCGUUUCUCGCAAUAUCAAUGGCAUUUCCGAUCAAUUUUUUGUCCGUUUCGUUCUUUUACUGUCAAUUGAGGAAUUUUGUUGUCGCAGCAUGUAAUUUCUCUGCUCUAUCCUGCUUAUGUUUAGCGAUCAUUGAUCAAUAUUUUGCAACAUCUUCUCGCCCACGAUGGCAACAAUGGUCGAAUCCUCGAAUUGCCCACCGGGCCGUGAUCAUCGCUGCACUGAUUUGGGCGGGGCAUGCAGUUCCAUUUUUUCUCUAUUUCAAUCAAUUAUCACCAGUCAAUGCUGCACUUUGUAUAUCAUCCAAUGCAGUUUUGUAUGAAUACAAUGUAUAUGUAUACUAUCUUACAUAUGGAAAUCUUUUCCCAUUGAUUGCUGCCAUUUUUGGUUUGUUAGCUUUUCGAAAUGCCCGAAGUUUAACAACACGACCCAAUCCACUUGUUCGACGUGAGCUGGAUAAACAAUUAACGACAAUGGUUCUCGUGGAAAUUUGCGUUUAUGUUUGUACUUAUAUGCCGUUUUCAAUCAUCUAUACUAUAUCAUCGUUCAAUACGAAUAACAAUCCAGUUUUUCUUGCUCAAUUGAAAUUAGCCAAUGCGAUUACGUUAACACUAACUUUUCUAAGCUACGGAAACUCAUUUUACACAUAUAGUUGUGUUUCAAGACGCUUUCGUCAUCAAGCCAAAUACGUUUUCUACGAUAUGCAUAUGAAUAGACAUCGACAAAAUCAAAUUAAGCCAAGUCAUAUCGAAACUAUACGUAUAACCGAAGAAUAG